AUGCGAUCUGAUUUACCAACAUAUACACCAGAAGAGGUGGCCAAACAUAGAACCAAAGAUACUGGGAUAUGGGUAACUUAUAAGAAUAGUGUAUAUGAUAUCACAGAGUAUGCUACUCAGCACCCUGGUGGUUCUAAAAUCAUGAUGGCUGCCGGUGGUUCUCUGGAACCCUAUUGGGAAUUGUAUGCAGUACACAAACAUCCUGGAAUUAUUGGUAUUGCAGAGAAAUACAGGAUUGGAAACAUUGUUGAAGAGAAAUCAGAAUCUAAAGGCAAGAAUAUUAAUGAUCCUUACGCCAAUGAACCUAAGAGGAACCCUAUACUCAUUCCUAGCUCCCAAAAACCUUUUAAUGCGGAACCCCCACCUCUUCUCUUGCCUGAGAAAUUCCUGACACCCAAUGACCUGUUUUUUGUAAGGAAUCAUCUACCAGUUCCUGUUGUGGAUCCUAAGUCUUAUAAAUUAGAAAUAGGAAUAGGUGAUAAAAGUAAGUCGAAGUUGACAUUGAAUGAUCUAAAAAAGAAGUUUAAGAAAGUAUCUACAACAUCUGUUGUACAGUGUGCUGGUAAUAGACGCAGUGAAAUGACCAAGAUCAAAACAGUAAAGGGGUUGAAUUGGAAUAACGCUGCUAUCAGCAAUGCAGAAUGGUCUGGAGCUACCCUUAAUGAUGUUCUUCUAGCCUCUGGUAUUGAUUUAGACAAAUGUUCCCAUGAUCAUAUAAAUGAUAUACUUAUUGCAUACGAGAUGAAUGGAGCAGACAUUCCAAGAGAUCAUGGCUAUCCUAUUAGAGUGAUCAUUCCUGGUAUUGUGGGGGCUAGACAAGUCAAGUGGUUAAAUAGAAUAUAUCUAAGUAAAGAAGAGAGCACCUGUCACUGGCAACGAAAAGAUUAUAAGGGCUUUAAUUCCUCUAUUGAUUGGCAUAAUGUUAAUUUUGAUACAUCUGUAGCCAUUCAACAAUUGCCUGUAACGUCUGCUGUCUGUGAACCAGCAGAUGGAUCAGAAAUUGAACCUGGAUCAGAAGAUGUGACGGUUAAGGGAUAUGCUUGGAGUGGUGGAGGAAGGGGAAUUAUAAGAGUUGAUGUCUCAGCAGAUGGUGGGAAAACAUGGACGACAGCAGAACUGGAGCCAACUAAUCAGAAUCCAUACAAGACCUGGGCCUGGACCUUGUGGGAGGCUACUGUUCCAUUACCAGAGAACCAUGGUGGUAAGGCAGAAAUUGUGUGUAAAGCCAUUGAUGUGUCAUAUAAUGUUCAACCAGAUUCUGUUGAAGGCAUCUGGAAUUUAAGAGGUUGUCUGAGUAAUGCUUGGCAUAGAAUUCAUAUUAAGAUACCUGCUGAAUAA